UUUGUUUUUUCCCAUUUUAUUAACAACAUGUCAUGUAUAAUUUGCCCAGCCUUCUUCUGGUCAUUAAAGUUAUCCUCAAUUAUAAUCAAUUGAUUCCAUCUUAUAAUUGACAUCAAUCGAAAGUUGAAGAUCAAGUUAUUCAAUUGAGUGUGUAUUUGAUAAGUUCAUCAUCUAGUGUGUGAGAAGUACAAGCGAAAGUUAAAAAGAUCAACUGCAAUCACCAGCGUCUGUCAAAUAUCAGAAGUCAACAUUGAAAUCAACAACAUCAUUAUCAACAAAAUAAAUCAUGGUUAGUUUUAGUGGAAUCUUUUCCAAUAUAUUUGGUGGUCUUUCUUCAGACUUUAAAAAGAAGAACUUUUCCUUAUAUGGUCAAUGGAUUGGAAUAUUAACUAUAUUCUUAUGUCUUGCCUUAGGAGUUGCUAAUAUAUUCCAUGCAUCAUUAGUUAUAAUAUUUUCCAUCAUUUGUAUUGUACAAGGUUUAGUAGUUACCUUUGUUGAAAUUCCAUUUUUAUUAAAGAUUUGUCCAUUAACUGAUACUUUUACAAAUUUUAUUAAGAAUUUUGAUGAAAAUUUACCAAGAUGUGGAUUUUAUUUAUUAAUGGCGGUGAUUCAAUGGUUAUCAUUGACUAUUCAAGCUACUAGUUUGAUUGUGGUUGCUGUGUUAUUCACCAUAAGUUCAAGUUGUUAUGCAUUAGCUUACUUUACCAAACAAGAAUUCUUAAAAACAAGUUUACAAGUUAAUGAUCCAAAUGAUGAUUCCUUACAAGGGCAAGUUAAUGCUCAUAUUGUUAGAAAUGUGUUAUAAUGAUAUCGGUAAUUAAAAAAAGAACAUAACCACCAAUAAAAAUAUAUAUCAUCCCUUCAAAAAUAUCUAUCUAUAUCGGAAUCAAGACUAUAAUAGCUUAACGACUUGCUCUCUUUAUUUUAUUUAUGUAUAAUUUCUUUAUCUUGUUUGUUAAUGUUUCAUUUCUAUCUUUUAUAAAAAAUAAUAGUCCACUAUUUAACUAUCUUAUAUACGUAUCAUAAAACUUAUCCUAUUAAAGGUAAAGUUACUCCUGUACCUAUAUUGAUUGUAAUCUUUUUGUGUCAC